AUUGUGAUGAUCACAAACAACUUACUUACCUACCUAACUCUGUGAAAGUUGACAGCAACUCUCCAAUUUGUUUCUCCUUUUUCCUGGAAAAAGAAAUCUCCCAUUAUAUGCUAAAGAAUCUUCUCUAUCUCCUCUGAGCUACCCAAUUGUAAAUUCUCUUCAUAUUCUUUCUCUCUCCUCCCUCUUUUCUGGGUAACUCUUCUGCAAGUGAUCUAGGUCCGUUGCUUUUCGCAUCACCCACAACACAAAUCUCACACAACUUGCAAGGAGCAGCUGUACCCAUAAACUAUUUCUAUUUUUCUAUGCUUUCUUUUUUCUGUUUUCUAUAUAUAAUGUGUGUGCAAGACUUGGAGUCAACUGAUGAACAAUUGCAGCAUAAAAGUUCAAAUCUUUCUGAUAAUUCAAACAAUUUCUUGAAUGCCCAGAUGGAGGAUUCCAUUACUCACAACUCCACUUCUUCUCCUCUAGAAAGCAUUUGUGAAGAAACAACAAUAGCCGUUUUAGAUGAGAAUCCAAAUUUGUCAUCUGACUUCCUUCCUGUCCUCCGAUCGGGAGAGUGGUCUGAUAUUGGAGGACGUGAUUACAUGGAAGAUACGCAUGUAUGUAUACCAGAUUUAGCCAAGAAUAUGGGCUGCGAGAUAGUUGAUGAAGAAGCUGUAUCUUUCUAUGGGGUCUUCGAUGGUCAUGGAGGAAAAGCUGCUGCACAAUUUGUCCGUGACCAUCUCCCAAGAGUCAUAGUUGAAGAUGCCGAUUUCCCUCUACAGCUUGAGAAAGUGAUCACUAGAUCAUUCAUUAAGACUGAUGCUGCAUUUGCUAAGUCGUGCCCUGUUGGGUCUUCCCUAUCUUCUGGCACUACUGCCCUUACUGCAAUGAUCUUUGGGAGAUCUUUACUUGUAGCAAAUGCUGGAGAUACCCGAGCCGUUCUUUCUCGACGUGGAGUAGCUUUGGAGAUGUCUCAAGAUCACAGGCCUUGCUCUGUAGAUGAAAGGAUGAGGGUAGAAUCAUUGGGAGGAUAUGUUGAAGACGGGUAUCUAAACGGGCAAUUAGGCGUAACACGUGCUCUCGGAAAUUGGCAUCUUGAAGGGAUGAAGCACGUUGAUAGAAUGGGUGGGCCUUUAAGUGCUGAGCCCGAACUUAAACUUGUGACAUUGACCAAAGAAGACGAGUUUUUGAUCAUUGGAUGUGAUGGGAUAUGGGAUGUUUUCAGCAACCAUAAUGCGGUGGAUUUCGUUCGAAGGCGGCUUCAAAGACAUAAUGAUGUGAAGUUGUGCUGCAAGGAAGUAGUAGAGGAAGCGAUAAAGCGGGGUGCUAUGGAUAAUCUAACAGUUGUCAUUGUAAGCUUUCAUUUGGAUCCACCUCCAGCAAUUGUGCCACAGAGGAUGAGGGUCAGAAGAAGCAUUUCUGCUGAAGGACUUCAGAACCUUAGAAAUCUACUGGAAAGUUAGAAGAACUAAUGUUACUAUAGAGAAAUAAUCAGCAUAAAUAUUUGACUGAUUUAUUGAGCCUGCUCCCAGCUUUUUAUUCUUUUAGUAAUGUCUGUACAUAAUUAUUCUUGAAGGAGAGUUAGCAAUAUAUACCUGAACAGUGGUAUUCUGUAUGUUGGCUCAUACUCCUUCCAUUUGAGAACUAAUAGUCACAUCACAUAUGAAGUACAAUUUUUCUGAAAUAGUAAUGAUUAUUUAUGAGUGAA